GGCCUCCGCUCCCGCGUCUCCCGGCACCAUGCUGUCCAACUCCCAGGGCCAGACCCCGCCGGUGCUGUUCCCCAACCCGCCGCCACCGCCACAGCCCCCCGCCCCGGCCCAGCUGCCACCGCAGAUCCCGCAGCAGUUCCCCCAGUUCCACGUCAGGUCGAGCCUGCAGAUCAAGAAGAACGCCAUCAUCGACGACUACAAGGUCACCACCCAGGUCCUGGGGCUGGGCAUCAACGGGAAAGUUUUGCAGAUCUUCAACAAGAGGACCCAAGAGAAAUUCGCCCUAAAAAUGCUUCAGGACUGCCCGAAGGCCCGGCGCGAGGUGGAGCUGCACUGGCGGGCCUCCCAGUGUCCACACAUCGUGCGGAUCGUGGAUGUUUAUGAGAACCUGUAUGCGGGGAGGAAGUGCCUGCUGAUCGUCAUGGAGUGUUUGGAUGGUGGAGAACUCUUUAGCCGAAUCCAGGACCGAGGAGACCAAGCGUUCACAGAAAGAGGUAGAAAAGAAGCAUCAGAAAUCAUGAAGAGCAUCGGUGAGGCUAUCCAGUAUUUGCACUCAAUCAACAUUGCUCAUCGGGAUGUCAAGCCUGAAAAUCUCUUGUACACCUCUAAAAGGCCCAACGCCAUUCUGAAACUCACUGAUUUUGGCUUUGCCAAGGAAACCACCAGCCACAACUCGCUGACCACUCCUUGUUAUACACCGUACUACGUGGCUCCAGAAGUGCUGGGCCCAGAGAAGUAUGACAAGUCCUGUGACAUGUGGUCCUUGGGUGUCAUCAUGUACAUCCUGCUGUGUGGGUACCCACCCUUCUAUUCCAACCAUGGCCUUGCCAUCUCUCCGGGCAUGAAGAGUCGCAUCCGAAUGGGCCAGUAUGAAUUUCCCAACCCAGAAUGGUCAGAAGUAUCAGAGGAAGGUACGGAGCCCAUGUGUGCAUGUCCGUGCGUGUUGCUGUGCACACGUGCAGUGAAGAUGCUCAUCAGGAACCUGCUGAAAACAGAGCCCACUCAGAGAAUGACCAUCACAGAGUUUAUGAACCACCCUUGGAUCAUGCAAUCAACGAAGGUCCCUCAAACCCCACUGCACACCAGCCGGGUCCUGAAGGAAGAUAAGGAGCGGUGGGAGGACGUCAAGGAGGAGAUGACCAGUGCCUUGGCCACAAUGCGUGUCGACUACGAGCAGAUCAAGAUAAAAAAGAUUGAAGAUGCGUCCAACCCUCUGCUUCUGAAGAGGCGGAAGAAAGCUCGGGCCCUGGAAACCGCGGCCCUGGCUCACUGAGCCGCUCAGCCCAUCCUGCUCCACUGGAGGACAAGCAAUAACUCUCACCCUGAAUAUAUUUUUUAAAUGAAGAGACACAGACUGUCCACUGCUGCCUCCCCUCCUCGGCUGCAUGGACCCAGAGCCUCGUGAGAGGUUGAAUUCUGCCUUGGAUUCUGGCCGCCCCAGAGAGGGAGAGGCUGGGAGGUCGGGAGGAUGUGGAGAGAAAGGAGCAAGAUGCUCUUGAACCUGUGCUCAUUUUGCAGUUUUAUCAGUAAUUUGACUUAGAACUUUUAUGAAACUUCUUUUAUUGUUCUUUCCCCACUCUUCUUCCCCGCCCAAAGCCCUUCCUCUUGUUAAAGGAUGUUUGUGGAAACUGUUGUAGGGAGUGUCCCCAUUUCAUCCCAUCUGCCCAUUUUCCCACUACAGCCUGAGGCUGCCUCUGGCUGAAGCGUUCUGAGAGCUCAAGGCCAUGGAGGGCUGAGGCCAGGAUGCCACCUGCCUCCCCUGCCGGAGCCCUCAGGCAUCACCAGUGUGCCAGAUGGAUAGGAGUGAGUGCGGUGUGUGUGUGUGUGUGUGUGUGCGUGUGCGCACACGCACCUGUGACGUGUGCCUGGGACUGUGCAUUUGUGGGGCCAGGGGCAGGCAGGGCUGCAGAGAGAGAGGCCCUUCUACCUUUGGCCGACUCUGCCCUCGUCGAGCCUGCCACAGUGCCUGCCUGGAAGCCUGUCUAGACUCUGAGCCGGGCCCUCCAUGGCCUGCCUCUGGUAGUGGUUUCGAGAGGUGGAGAGGAGUGACUUGGGCACUGGCCCACAGUCAGGGAGACUGGACCCUCUGCCCCUAGGACCCUGACUCCCCACUUAGUGCUUCCUCGUCCUCUGAGGCGCUGAUCUAUCAAGUAACUUCUACUUCCCCUUCCUGCCAUUAUUAACCCAUUCUUAUUUUUUCUUACAUUUUUAGCCAUUUCUCAGGCCUCCUUUCAGCUCAUGUGGAUGAGCCUGGGCAGUUUAUAAGUGGCACAGAGCUUCUGCGUUGUGCCUUGGCCCUGGGGGCGUCAGCCAGCUACCCCCCCUGGACCAGGGCAGCACCACUUCUGUGGUCCGCCCGCAUUGUCCAUUGUGUGGCUUAGUGGGUGGGUGGGGGCGGUCUUCGUACCAAAGAUGUCCCGACUCUGCCCCUUCCCCAUUAGCCACUUCAACCCCCUCCCCUCCGCAAACAACUUGGCUUCAUGUGUCCAGGCAAGUGAGGGGAGGGGGGGUCCCCCAGUAUUGCCGGGGAGCAGCAUGAGGAGAGGUCCUCUGUGCCAUGGUCUCUUUGGGGCGGGAGUGGCAGUGAUACUCCAGCUUUCAUCUCCCUCAGGGCAGGGUGGCGAGGGGCACCCAGGGGCUCCUCUGGCGUGGAGGAAGGGCUCUGAGUGCCUGUAGCACCUCCCGUGUCUAAUGGUGUGUCCAGCACUCAGAUUGUUGUAAACUUGUUGUUUUGUAUGAGCGAAAUUGUCUUUACUAAACAGAUUUAAUAGUUGAAA